GGAAAACCAAAGAAUUUAUUGGUUGUCAUAAACCCAAUAGGAGGUACUGGAAGAGCUAGACAAACAUAUGAUAAAAAAGUAGCACCAUUGUUUAAACUAGCUGGCAUUGUUGUGGAUAUUAAAGUAACAGAAAGAUCAAAUCAUGGGUAUGAAAUAGGAAAAUCUGUAGAUGAAAGUAAAUGUGAUGGUAUAGUUGUGGUAUCUGGUGAUGGGUUAUAUCAUGAGGUAUUAAAUGGGUUGAUAAUUAAAACCCAGGAAGAGAAUAAUGUAGACUAUAAUGAUGUUAAUAGUCAAUUGGUAUCACCUACCUUACCAAUUGGUGUAAUACCUGCAGGUACAGGUAAUGGUGUGGCAGGUCUGACUUGUGGUGUUAUAGAUGUAGAAACCUCAGCUCUACAUAUAAUUAAAGGGGAACAUCAUAAAGCAUGUGUUAUAGAUAUAAAUGUAAAAGAUAAACAUGUAAUAUAUGGUGGGUUAUUGAUGGGUUAUGGUUUCUUCUCUGAUUUAAUCAAGAAGGCAGAAAGUAGAAGAUGGAUGAAGAUUAUGAGAUAUCCCGGUAUAUUUUCUUAUUUAUUUAUUAAUAAAAAUAAUAAUUACUUCUUCUUGGAUGAUAAAAUUGUACUAUAG